AUGGCGGCGAACCUCCCUCGGGAAAGGCUACCUGCACACCUGAGUUAUGGUGUGACGAGGGACGGGAGGAUAUUCUUUAUUGAUGACCGACUUCAGACGACGUCUUGGUUGCAUCCCCUGAGUGGAAAGCCGGUACAGACAGGCCACAAACAAGUGCAAGGACUCCCUCGGGGCUGGGAACAGGCAGUCACCCAGGAAGGAGCUAUCUAUUAUAUAGAUCAUAAUUCAGGGACUACAUCAUUUGACCACCCUUGGGAGAAAUCAAAACAUCAUGCACCUUCUUCUCCCAGUUCUCCAUCAGUCCAACCAUUAUCUCCUGGGAGCCCAACAGACAAACAGUAUCCACUGCGGAGGAUCUUCACAUCAAAUGAGCUAAAUUUAGACAAGAUAAAGAUCAAUUCGCCAAAUAAAUUAAGGCCACUAAAAGCUCCACCUGCCAAACGGGACGACAACGCCAUGGUUACUCUGAAGGGUUGGCUAUACAGACAGGAGAGUGGAAGCUGGAAGACAUGGAAGAAACGUUGGUGCGUCUUGUCUAAUUUCGGACUCUUUUUUUACAAAGAUGACAAGGAGAGCCAUACUGUGGGAUCUAUCCUGUUGCCAAGUUACAGAAUUGAAGAAUGUAGUCCAGCAGACACCAGUAAAAAAUUUGCUUUUAAAGCAGAGCAUAAUAAUAUGAAGACGUAUAUGUUUGCCACGGAUACGCAGGACGAUCGCACACGUUGGAUUGAGGCUCUUAAAUGUGCAGCAGUGCUUAAAAAUCCUCCUUCUAAAGAGAAGGAGACAAACAACAAUACCCCACUUCCUAAGCUCAUUCCAAAGUCACCUUUUAUGACAUGGGAUGAUGAUGAAGAUGAAGAUGAUGACCAAACACCCAGGGGACUGUCCUCCUGGCAAAAUAUGGUAAAUCAGGGCUAUAAUCCUGGACCCCAGCAGCAAGGUACCCAACAGCCACAGAAAUCACCACAGGGUGUCAGAGGUCAAGGGUCACCUGGUGGUCAUUAUCCAAUGAAUGACCCCAGAUUCGCAGAAGCAGACCCUCGACAGCGAGGAAAUCAACAAGUCAGAGAUGACACUCGAGGCCAGUAUCCCGAAAAUUAUGCUCGACUCCAAGAUGAUCCCAGAAUGGCAGGUCCUCAAAACAGACACGCAAAUGAUCCUCGUCUUAGUGAAAACUAUACUUCCCAACCUAAUGACCCCAGGGUAGGUGCUCUGCCCCCGGAGCACAGGCAAUAUUCUCAGCAUCAGAAUCGACCUGGGCAGGAUCAGCACAUCAGUAAUCCAUACUCUCACUACAAUACUCACAUGGAUAGACAGCACCCUAAUGGCUACAAUGAUAUGAAUGGCAAAGGACAGCAAAGUCAUGGGGAUCGGGAUCCUUAUAGUUAUAGCACAAAACACCAUAAACACCCAGGCAAUAUGUCUGGCCCACGGCACCAACAGGACACACAACAAGUAGAACCCAGACAAGACCAGCGACAAGAACCACGACAUAUUGAUUCUCAUUUGGAUUCUAGACAGGAUCCUCGCCAAAGGAACCAUACACAUGAUCCACGACAAAUGGACCCUCGACAUGAUCCUCGACAGCAAGAUCCUCAUCAGAUGGAUCCUAGACACGAUCCUCGACAAAUGGACCCUCGACAUGAUUCUCAUCAGAUGGACCCUCGACACGAUCCUCGACAGAUGGACCCUCGACACGAUCCUCGACAGAUGGACCCUCGACACAACCCUCGGCAAAUGGACCCUCGAAAUGAUCCACACAAAAUGGACUCUCAACAGGACCCAAGAUACGCUAGAUCUAACAAAGACUCUUAUAUGGGUAGAAAGGCUGAUUCAAUGCCAGCCCAGUUUGUAAGGAGAGGAGAGGACUACAACAGGAGGGGUGACUCUCUCCCUGGUCACUAUAACAAAGACGUUUCACCCAAUAGUAGUUUUGAUCCAUACUCAGGUAGGAAAGGUGAUUCUCUCCCAGGACGAUAUUCAGGGGGACAGGACAGUUCACCCAACACAAGUAAUUAUUCUGAUGCAGCUUAUGACAGAUACCCUGGACAACCACACAUACCUCAGCAAUCUAGACGAGUUCCUGACCCUCAUGACCCCUACAGCAAAGACCAGUACAACCCAGGGUCAAGGUCACAGGAUCCAGGGCCAAGGUCGCAUGAUCAUGGCUACAGUGAAGGGCCAAAUCAAAGAUUCCAUGAACCAGAGGAAGUGAUGAUGAGUCAUAAAGACAUUCCCCAGCAUGCCAAACAUAGACCUUCCAAACGCGAUACUCCUUCAGAUCGUUCCAGUGACAAUGAGGCUCAACGACAGACAGAGUAUGAUGGCUUCUACUCCCCAACACGUGAAUCUAAACAAAGAGAGCUUGCCAACCGACCUCUUCCUGCCAUCAAAGUUCCCAAGGAACCUGAGAAUCCACCUGUAAAUUUGAAUGCCCACCACCAGCGAGAGGAUACUGAUGAUGGAUACAGCACCUUGACAAAGUACCAGGAACAGCGGCGCAAGAAAGCCCAGGAACAACAGGAGGCUCCCCACCCAAGGUCAAGGCCACAGCAUGACCUUUAUGACCAAGGUCAGGUCUACCCUCGGCAACAGGAACAGGAAUUUGGAGUGAGAGUGCCUGAACAACAGAAUGAAACAUUGCAUACCUAUGUAAACCUGCCUGAUAGGGCCAGUCUGAGGGAGCUACAGGAUCGUGAUGAUGGGGUGGAAUAUAUAGAAGAGGUGCCUGAACGUCCUCCCCUCCCCACCGCUGUACGCAAACAAAUUGUGGAGGAGAUAGCUCAAGCUAAGACACCCAGGACCUCUGUAGAGCUGUUAGAGGCAGAGAGGGCCCUAGAGACCAGAAUGCAACAACCCUCCUACUUCAACUAUCCUACGCCUGUUUUUCCUCCAAAGGAACAACCUGUGUUUGAUGAUGAACCUGCACACUGGCAACAUGAUCAACGAGGUAACAACAGUUUACCAAGGCCAUCACAUCAACAGACUGGAAAUGAACAGACAAGAGGCAAUAAUACGGGUUAUUAUGGGGACAGAGUGGAUGGAAGUCCCUCAAGGGAGAGAACUGUGCCAAAACAACUCCAUGGACAAGGACGACAGAGACAAGCAGAUGGUGACCGGCGCCGAAGGGACAAAGGAACAGGGAAGCCAGUAGAGGAAGCUGAAAACACCGAAGUCGUAUCAAACUGGGACAGAGUGAAAGAACAUCCUGAAGGUAGACAGACAGAGACGCGGGUGAAAUUAUCUUACUUAGCUCCUACAGGAGAAUCCAGUCAGGAAGACAGUGUGGAGCUAGCCCAAGGAAGUAUGUCCAGCAAUAAAAAUAGUUCAAGUGAAGUGUUAGGGAAAAAAUUGGAAGAUUAUGCGGACAAAUCUCAGGAAGACCCUGCAGAAAGACAAAAGUCUACUGAAAGCCUUGAAAGAUACAGGUCUGAUGAAGGAGUGUUGUACACACAGGUUCAUAAACACACUCAAAGGGAAGGUAAAGACACACAGGGAAUGGGGCCAUCCAACAGUAGAAAUAGGGCAACAGAAAAGUCCAAAGCAAAGCUCACUCACAGAAAGGAAGAAAGUAGAAAAAACAAUAUAACACGGUCUCAGAUGACAAGCUUAGAGUCUGAUCCUGUCACCAGUAACUAUGCCAAUAUGAACCCUCUGGACAUGCCGUAUGAGGAAGUGCACCGACUGGAGGUCAGCAGUGAGGAGGAUGAGGCUGACUUGGCAAGCAGAAGGCAAGAACGACGGUCGGCCUUCCGUCCACUUCUCAGCAAACCAAAGGGCAAGGACACAUUCCAGCGUCUGGACCGAUUAAUGGGUACACCGCCUUGUCCCCCCAGCCCUGCACAGUCAGAGAAGGUCAGCAAAACAAACGUAGCUAGUAACAAUCACAAACCAGCUUAUCAUAGCGAUAGUAAGCAUAACUUGUUUGAUGGAGAAGAGGAGGAGGAGGAUGAAACUGAGGUCAAAAAGAGGAUAUCCAUGGCUAGUAUAGCGAGUUCUAAUGGGUCACAGUUCAGAGGUCACAACUUCAGAUCAGGUGAGGGGGGUAGGAGACACCAUGGAAAGACUGACCCAGGGCCUAUACACACAGUGAAGGAGGAUCCUGAUAUGGCUGAUGAGGAUGUUAUCGAAACUCGAGGUGUUCCUAACUUAACUAAGAAGUAUCCUUUGAGUGGUGGCCGCAUCAGAAUGAGUAUUUCAGCUGGUGACCUGAUUGGAAAAACACAUGAUGAGCUUGUGUUACUGUUGAUCCAAUUACGACGAGAACACACAGAUCUUGAAAAGGAGCGCAAUUUCUUUCGGGAGAAGGUUGACCAACGGCGUGCUUCCGAACACAACUACAGGCGUCUUCUUCAAGAAUCAGAUGGUCCAUUUGACCAGCUGACAGAGAGAGAGCACUACGAAUACAUGCAACUACGCAGUCAAUUGGAAGAUGCUGAUAAACGGUUGGAAGUUUACAGACCCAUGGUCAAUUUGGUCCACAACAUGGUCAACAUGGGCAGUCUGUAUGGAGGAGACAAUUUCAUGUUGGCCAGCCAGUACAGGAAGCAUCUACUGUCUCCUGAUGAGUUCACUCCGCCCAAAAAGAUGUUGGAGUUUUCAAGGAAACACCAGGAAGAAAAGAUUGUACAUGGCAUCAAGGAGGAUAUCAAGCAGCUGUCUUCUGACGAAGUCAUUCUAGAGGAUAAACUUGAGAAACUGUACGAGUUAGACCGACGGAUGCACGAACAGUCCUACCAUGUAGCUCAGGCCCAGGAGGACAAAGAGAUGCUGGAGAAGGCUCUACAGGGAAUUCUUCGUCAGCAGGACACGUGUCGUGACAAUCCACGUGAACAGGAUCAGCUUAUACACCAACAACGCACCAUAGAGAAAGAGAUCUCACGUGUCAUGCACCAACUGGCCAAGGCCUCAAGGGAUCUAGAAGAGACUACAGCAGAAAAUAACAUGAUAGAACAUGAAGUAGCAUUACUGAGAUCCAAAGUCACAGGAGAAUUGUCUCGCAGUAAAAGUGCUCCCUCUUUGUCAAACGAGAGCCUAAGAAACAAAAUGAAGAUGCAGAAGGACUUGGCUCAGGUGAAAAAUAUCAUGGCUGGAUUAAACCAGCAGGGAGCACAGCUGUCAGAAGCAAUGAACACCUUACGGAGAUCUUCUGCUGGAGCCAAAUUCGCAUCAGCAUUUACUAAAGUGGACCAAAAAAACUUGCCUAAACCUGCACCUGUCAGUACCUACAUGGAGACUGAUCUUGAUUCAUCAAAAACAACAGAUCUGUCACAGGUGCAGGAGAUUUUAAUGUCCUACCGAGACCAGCCACCCGUCCAAACCUCACCUACUGUCACUGUCAAAUCUCAAAAUCCACCCAUUAUGGCUGUUCAGCAUACCUCUAGUCUUGAGAGCAGCCCAAGCAGGGUCCCUGGAGGAGAAGAUGUUGUGGAUGGACAGUGGGAUAUAGAGGAUGCUGAUGACAACACUAAAAGAUUUUUCGGUCUCCUUCCAAAGGACAAGCCUAAAACACUGACAGUACGGGAUGUAAAGAGACAGUCUGAACAAAGGAAGGAGCAACUUAAAGUUAGGAAAGAAUCUGAGGAUGAUAAUGGAGAGCCCUGGAGCUUGAAUGGUGUAGAUACAGAGCAGCCAGCAGGGCCAAAUUAUACUCAACCUGCCCUCAAUAAUCAGGGGCCCAUAUACGAGAAUCUCCCACCGUCUGACUCAGCAUUGAGGAAAUCGUGGUCAUCGGUCAACGCUCUGGGCACAAAUGGUUCUGCCCCCAACUCCCGCCGAUCCUCUGCCCUUCAUCUUAUGAUGCCCCGCCCAUUUGUGCCAUUUGGCAGCCAACCAACAUCCACACAGACAAGUUACAGCAGUCUAAAUAUAGACAACCAAUCAAAGACAAGUGGGAGUUAUAGACUUGGCCAGUCAGAUGAUGACUCUGUUGUCAAGGCAACUAGAGUGAUAAUCCAGCCCCAGUUAGGAGCUGAUAGCCUUGCCAUGAGCCCCACAAGUCCUUCACAUCAUGGCAUGUUCAGUGUGAAGCGUACCCCUAGAGGGCGCUAUAUGACAAUCUCUAGUAGUGAGCCGGUGAAGUUAGAAACGACAUUGGUACAGCCAUCCACACCCAACACAGCUGCUGGAGACUUGAUUGUUAACAGAUCUAGGAUGGACAUCCCAGACAUUGUACAGAGUUCUCAGAUGCGUGAUGAUCAAAUGAUAGACACAGGCACCAUAGACAAGGAGAUUCUGUUUGUGCCAGACAAAGUUCUAAUCCCUGAAAGGUAUAAUCCAGAAUCAGAUGAGGAGGAUCUCACUGAGGAAGAUAAAGCCAGGAGACAUGAAAAGGCAGAAAAAAUCAAGAAACUUCUUGCUCAGCAGAGCAUCCACUCCCUUUCUCAGCCUGAUGUGAGCCAGGUGGCAGGAGAGCUACACAAAAAGGUAGAACAAGAAAAGGUUAAGCGUGCCCAGCUUUUACAGGUGGGACAAGACCUCGCACGACAGGUGACACUCAAGACACGACAAGCUGCAGCGGAGAGAAGGAAGACAUGGUCAGGUUCUCCUGCUAAGUCUCCGAAGGAGCGAGAGAUGGAAUACAAUUUUCUGAAUGGACUUAACAAUGAAGUACAAGUUGAAACACGUGAUGAUUUGUAUGGACAGUCCCAUAGCAACAACAUGCAGGAGAGGCUCUUCAUCUAAUCAGUUAGCUUUCUUGUGAUUGGUUGUUCAGUGAGCUUUCUUGUGAUUGGUUGUUCAGUGAGCUUUCUUUUGAUUGGUUGUUAUGUUAAGCUUUCUGAUGAGUUGAGAAAGUGGUACCAUUCUAUCGAUCAAAGUAAACAUUUCGCCCUGUAUGAACGUUUUCUUGCCAAAUGUCUCAUUCUGAAUGGAUUACAUUUUGUGGAUGUAGCCGUAGGAGGUGUAAAACACCAACACCCAUGGACAGCCACGACAACUGAGCAAUUUUCUGGAUCACUGUGUGAUUGGUUAUUAUGUUUUGAAGCUACAGUGUGAUUGACUAUGUUAAGGGACA